AUGGUCACAUUCCAGCUCAGCAGACUGGUCACGCAGGUAAACACAGGGAUAACAGGCACCACCCACUCUCCUCCUCCUUGUGUUGAUGUGCCACUUACACGAAACAGAAAAGGAGAAAAGCAAAGGACAUUGGAAUUACAAACCUGGCGCUGUUUUGCUCAAGUUACCCCAGGAACUAACGUCACAGAUCCUUCUAAUAAAAACGGCUCGGAUCACAUAAAACUCAGUCCAGGUCCACUGUCAUCUAUAAAAGCUGCAAUAAAACGCUCAAAACCAAGUUCUCAGAGUGAUCAUAGGAAGGGAUAUUGUAGAAGGCGUCCAGAGAUCACAGUAGUUUCAGCAGAACCUCUGGACAGCAGAAGCUGGAGUCCAGGAAGUCCACUGGUCUCCUCUGCCCUGCACACCCCUCCUCAGCAGGUCCCAACAGAGAGGACCCAGGAAGCCCAUAUUAAACCUGUAGCCCCGCCUCGUCACCUUAACGGUACAGCUACUACUACCACUACUACAACUCCCAAAAGUUCUGGUUUGAAGCCCCCCAAACCACCCAGACCAUCUGCUCGCAAGAACAAAAAGACGCCCACUGUGACAGAUGAUCAUACCAAUGUGCACAGGUCCAAGCCUCCAAAGUUGACCAGGGAAAACAGCGUCCAUGAUGAGGGGUUUGCAAAAGAGCCACCAACGCCUAUGGUUAAGCCAGUCAAAGAGCCGCUCAAGCCAAAUCUGAAUAUUAACAAUCACAAUAACUACUCCACACAGCCAGUGUAUGAGGAUGCAGAGGAUGCAGAGGAUGCAGCAGAUGACACUGAAGAUCCCACGUACAGCGAGUAUGAAUACGUGGAAAGACCAUCAGAGGGUUUCGGAAAUGCAUACGAAUUUCCAGCAUUGGAUGAAGAUAACACAUCACAGGGAUCAGACACUACAGAAAGCCAGUAUGAAUAUGUGGAAUAUCACACAGAUCAAACUCCUGAAAAAGUGCCCCCCAAAACAUACGAGGAAAAACCUUCCAAUAUCCUUCCAGUCAAGCUAAGGUCAACUAUGAAUAACUAUGUCUCAAGGCAAAGUUUGGACCGGAGACCGACCACUAUUAUUGUUCCCAGCAAAAGUGCUUCAUUUUCAGAUGGUUUUCAGGACAACCCCCCUCCCCUGCCUGUCCAGAAAUCAGUGGGAGCCCGCAAAGCACCACCGGUCAACAGGCAUUCAAUUGCCUCCUUUCCAACCCAGGUGUCCCACAGUCCGACACCAGAGCCAUCACUACCGCCACGGAGGCUCACGACCAGUAAAACCCUGCCCCCUCGGCCUCCCUCGGUGAAGUCCGGCCCGGGCAGACCUCCUGCUCCAUGUAUGGAAGCUGCGGGUCGCUCCCACACUGUUCCAUGGGACUCUCAACCACAGGCGACCCAGAAGAGAGGUCCAGUGCUGCCCCCUAGACCCAAUCCAGGACACAAGCUCUACAGCAAAUACACUCUUCAAGUGCCUCAUGCUGUAGCAGCCAAUGACUACAAUGGUAGCAGUAGUGGUGAGCUCUCGUUUCAGAAAAAUGAAGUCCUCGUGCUGCUCAAUACAAUAGACCCCAAUACGUACGAGUGUCAGGUGGGAGACAGAAGAGGAAGAGUCCACCGGUCCAGUCUGAAGGUCAUCACUCCACUGACCACGGCCUCGGAUGACUCUGCAACACAGGGAGGCAAGCAAACAACAUUAGGCAAUGGAUUAACAGUCAAAGUCCUACAUGACUUUAACCCAGAGAACCCUGGAGAGCUGGGUCUAAAAGCAGGAGACGUAGUGACUAUGGUGGAGCAGGUGGACAGUGAGUGGUACAGAGGGACGUGCCGAGGCUCCAGCGGCUUCUUCCCUAUUAACUAUGUCCAAGUCCAGUACUCUUUGUCUGAGUCUCAUUUGGGGGCAAACUCACCCCGACCCCCGGACAGAACAGCUAAGCCAGCUGCAACUGUCAGUGGUCCGAGGUGCGUGGCCAGGUUUGACUUUGAGGGGGAGCACAGUGACGAGCUGAGCUUCUCUGAGGGAGACACGAUCCAGCUCAAGGCCUUCGUGGGACAGGACUGGGCUCGGGGGGAGCUGGGGUCUGUCACUGGAAUUUUUCCCCUCAACUUUGUGGAGAUCAUCCAAGACCUGCCGCCUGGCCACAGUCAGCAGCCCACAAAGCCUACCAAGUUUGCCCUGCCUGGCAUGUCAAAAUCUUCACUCACUCCAGAAACCUCACAAGCUCAGUCUGGCUCAGAGUGGUCUGUCGCCUUGUAUGACUUCUCUGGAAACUCAGACAGCGACCUGUCCUUUGAGAAGGGAGACCGCAUCCUUGUCACCAAGCACAUCGAUGAGGAGUGGAGCAGUGGUAGGCUCAACGGACAGGAAGGAAUAUUCCCCCGUGCUUUUGUCUCAAACACAGCUGGUAAAACAUCUAGUCAUCAGAAUAGAUCAGCCGGGGGUGUGAGUGCCAAAGCGCUGUACGACUAUGAAUCUGAUUGUGAUGAGGAGCUCUCUCUCAAGGUGGGGGACAGGGUCACCAAUAUAGAGAUUGUGGAUGACGAGUGGUUCCUGGGUGAUCUUGGAGGAAAGAGAGCUCUGGUCCCAAAAAACUAUGUAGAGGUCCUGUGA